AUGCUGCUGCACGGAGCGCAAUCUCCCCCGCCAGCACCCGUUACCCACCACCAGCCCGACCUGGCCACGCGACCACGGCGCAAGAGGAAAGCCGAGACGCAAGACAACGAGCGCCUCUCGAAGCGAUUAAGUCUUCUCAAUCUAGAACAAAAUGGCCAGAAGCUCUACGUCCCCGUUGAAACACCCAAUGCCCCAGCCCUCCCCGCCUCCGCCCUGACCCCAGCAGCGCGGGCGGCGGCGGCUGCGGCCUCGCCUGCCCAUGACGACGACGACAUGCACCUCGACGACACGAAGCACAAGGUCUACAUCUACUCCCUCGACGACGAGCUGUCGUCCUCCGACUCGGACCCCGACGACGGCAGGCUCGUCUUCCUGCCCGACAUUGAGCGCCACCUGCGCGCCGCCCGCCUCGUCGAUCCCGGCGCCGCCCCGCUCGUCUCCGUGCCGCGCCCCAUCCCGCCCGCCCCCGACGGCUCCCUCGCCGGCAUGCAGGUCGUCCUCUACCAGGACCCGGCGUCGCUGACCGUGCCGAGCGAGAAGGACAGCGUGCGCAAGGCCAUCAUCGAGUCGCGCGCCCGCACCCGCGCCCGCCAGCGCCUCGAGCGGGACGGCUGCGGCGACGUCGUCGAGAUGCCGCCGCGGCUCGACCCUCGCGUCGUGCAGGGCCUGAUGGCGGCGCAAGGCACGGGGGUCGAGCCCAUGGCGACGGGACAGGACGAUGAUGCGGACGCCAUGGAGCUGGACUGA